UGAGUGACUCGUUUGUAUGUGUAAGCAGGCAUUGAACUUGCCGUGAUAUUUGAUCGCUCUUCUUUCCUGUUUACCUUUGAUUUGCUUCCGCAAAUCGUGUGAUUACUCAUAGUGACAAGUGAUAAUCAAGUGAAUAUUUAGAACCAGUAAGGGUAAAACCCUCAAUAUGAAUACUGUUUGCGUUAUGUUAGCAUUCCUGUUGCUGAUAGCAGCGGUGUCGGUGCAAACCGAAACUGGUUUUUACGUACCCAAAGCUUUCUACACGAUCGAUGAGCAUGGCUUCAAAUCUCCGCUCAUUUACAUAGACAAUAUUCCGCAAAUGUUCCAACGAGUUCGUAGAUCUGCUCAACUUCCCCAAGUUCCCAAUUUUGGAUUCCCAGUCAAUUUUCCCGCAUUUCAAUUUCCUAACCCAGGGCAAGGAGGUAAUUUCCAAGCAGUAUCGAUAACCAGCGGAGGUCCUAGUGGCUUAAAUAAUCGUUUCGAUGAAAACGGCCAAUCGGCUACUGGUGGCACGACGAUCAAUACAUUCUCCUCUCAAAAUGGACAAGUUACUCAUCAGACCCACCAUAUCGACAAGGACGGCAAAGUAACAACGCAUACGAACAAAAAGAACUGAUCAGCAGAUGAUCAUGGAACUGGAAUCAUUGAUUCGUUGCUUUUUAUCUUUAUCUGCAUCAACUAUAUAUGACAACGUUUUGAUAAUUCUACAAUAAAGUUGAGUUUGUGUGUGUAUUUUGUAUUAGUGCCUCGUUCUGCAGUGUAUUGAUGUAUUACGGAAGAUACUAUAGAAAAA